ACGAUCAUCUGUCAUCCAAUGCAAGCCAGGAGGCAACUGCCCCAGCAGACACAGAGGCAUGACUAGGCAGCUCUCCCCUCUAUCUGUGGCUGAAGAUUCUGCUGCUCCCAUUCUUGAGCUGCAGAAUCGAAGUCCCUCGGGAAUCUGUCGGCACAGCAGAGUCGAGAGGCAGAGCAGAUCAGGAGAAGAAGGAACACAAACGCACACGGAGAGCAGCAGCCAAGAAGCUGAGGGACAGACACGGUGCCAGUCUUGCACAUCCACGUUUCUUAAGCUCAUUUGGAGAUUUCUGAUCAUUUUGUCCGUCUCUUCCUCCUGGGUUGGGACAACGCAGUUUGUCAAAAUCACCUAUGAGACAUUUGACUGUCCUUUUUUCAUGACUUGGUUCUCAACAAACUGGAACAUUAUGGUAUUUCCCAUUUAUUAUUCUGGGCACCUUGCAACUGCACAAGAGAAGCAGUCUCCAAUCAAAAAAUUCAGGGAAUGCAGUCGGAUUUUUGGUGAAGAUGGUCUGACGCUGAAACUCUUUCUUAAAAGGACUGCUCCCUUUUCUAUUCUGUGGACUUUGACUAACUACUUGUAUUUACUGGCUUUAAAGAAGCUGACAGCCACAGACGUCUCUGCUCUGUUCUGUUGUAACAAAGCUUUUGUCUUCUUGCUUUCUUGGAUUGUGCUGAAAGACAGGUUCAUGGGAGCAAGGAUAGUCGCAGCAAUAAUGGCAAUCACAGGAAUCGUAAUGAUGGCAUAUGCAGAUGGUUUCCAGGGUGAUUCAAUUAUCGGGGUAGCAUAUGCUGUUGGAUCAGCCUCUACAUCUGCACUGUAUAAGGUUUUGUUCAAGAUGUUUCUUGGCAGUGCGAAUUUUGGAGAGGCUGCUCAUUUUGUUUCCACCUUGGGCUUCUUCAAUUUAAUUUUCAUCUCUGUUACCCCAAUCAUACUGUAUUUUACGAAGGUGGAAUACUGGUCACCCUUCUCUGCUGUGCCGUGGGGCUUCCUGUGUGGAGUAGCUGGCCUCUGGUUAGCCUUCAACAUUCUGGUUAACGUUGGCGUCGUGCUUACGUACCCCAUUCUGAUCUCCAUUGGCACAGUGCUCAGCGUCCCUGGGAAUGCAGGUACAAGUCCUUGCUCGUGGGUUGGAAGAUAAGCACAUCAGCAUGCAGACAGCAGAAGCAGAUCUUUUGUCUAAAUGGUCAAAAUGUUCUGCCACGUAUUUCAGAAGGGAUUUGAUGUCGCUUGGCUCCCACGCGUGCUCCUGGUGAUGGUGGGAUUUUUUGUUAGCCAAAGCCAUUUCUUUUGUCUUCCUUUUCUUGGUGGCUGUGCCCAUACUGAGCACAGAGAGGCAGGCAGCAGCCCCAGAGCCGGUGACUGAUGGAGGGCAGCCCAUACACGUGGAACUUUACUCCAGAGUCCUCCUUCUUCUUCAGUAGCUGCUGUCUCUGCUCUUCUGUUUUUCUCCUCCACCCCCCUGCAACUCCAGGUGUCUGGGCACAUUUCCAAAGAAACAUCUAUUUAGAGGGGAAUGCAGGUCAGAGAUGCACGAUGUGAUUGUCAGCCCUGCAAGGGCUCAGAUGUGCUGUUAUUAGGCUUGUGGGGCUGGCAGGCUUGGCCUGGAGGCAUCACCUCCAGUUUGCUGCCCUCCCUGAUCCAUGUGGCAAAAGGACAUGACCUGUUGGUAGCCUUUCAAUAUCUGAAGGAGAGCUACAGGAAAGAAGGAGACAGACUCCUGAGUAGGGUCUGUGGUAACAGAAUAAGGGAAAAUGGCUUCAAGCUUCAAGAAAAUAGGUUAGAUACAAGGAAAAGUCUUUUACAUUGUCCAAGAUCUGGUUACUCUUGGGGAUGGCAGACAACGUGGCCAUCUAAGAUGCAUGUCAUGGAGAUAAGCCAGGCUGAUC